GGCGGGCGGCCAGCAGGCGGCCGCGGGCAUGGGCUUGGGCAAGGACUUGGGCGCCCAGUACGCCGCCGCCAGCCCGGCCUGGGCGGCUGCGCAACAAAGGAACCACCCGGCGAUGAGCCCCGGCACCCCCGGAGCGGCGCUGAGCAGAUCCCAGGGCAGUCCAAUGGACCCAAUGGUGAUGAAGAGACCUCAAUUGUAUGGGAUGGGCAGUAACCCCCAUUCUCAGCCACAACAGAGCAGUCCUUACCCAGGAGGCUCCUAUGGCCCCCCAGGUGCACAGCGGUACCCCCUCAGCAUACAGGGCCGGGCUCCAGGGGCCCUGGGAGGCAUGCAGUACCCGCAGCAGCAGAUGCCACCUCAGUAUGGACAACAAGGUGUGAGUGGUUACUGUCAACAAGGCCAGCAGCCAUAUUACAACCAGCAGCCACAGCCCCCGCACCUACAGCCCCAGGCACAGUAUCUGCCAUCCCAGUCCCAGCAGAGGUACCAGCCACAGCAGGACAUGUCUCAGGAAGGGUAUGGCACUAGAUCUCAACCUCCUCUGGCACCCGGAAAACCCAACCAUGAAGACUUGAAUUUAAUACAGCAAGAAAGACCAUCAAGUUUACCAGACCUGUCUGGCUCCAUUGAUGACCUCCCCACAGGAACAGAAGCAACCUUGAGCUCAGCAGUUAGUGCAUCUGGGUCUACAAGCAGCCAAGGGGAUCAGAGCAACCCAGCUCAGUCACCUUUCUCUCCACAUGCAUCGCCUCAUCUGUCCAGCAUCCCGGGGGGGCCGUCACCUUCUCCAGUUGGCUCUCCUGUAGGAAGCAAUCAGUCACGCUCUGGCCCGAUUUCUCCUGCAAGUAUUCCAGGCAGUCAGAUGCCACCUCAGCCACCUGGAAACCAGUCAGAAUCCAGUUCCCAUCCUGCCUUGAGCCAGUCACCAAUGCCACAAGAAAGAGGUUUUAUGGCAGGCACGCAAAGAAAUCCUCAGAUGUCUCAGUAUGGGCCUCAACAGACAGGACCAUCCAUGUCACCUCAUCCUUCUCCUGGGGGCCAGAUGCAUCCUGGAAUGAGUAGCUUUCAGCAGAGUAACUCAAGUGGGACCUAUGGUCCACAGAUGAGCCAGUAUGGACCACAAGGUAACUACUCCAGACCCCCAACGUAUAGUGGGGUGCCCAGUGCAAGCUACAGCGGCCCAGGGCCUGGGAUGGGUAUCAAUGCCAACAACCAGAUGCAUGGACAAGGGCCAAGCCAGCCAUGUGGUACUAUGCCCUUGGGACGAAUGCCGUCAGCUGGGAUGCAGAACAGACCAUUUCCUGGAAACAUGAGCAGCGUGACCCCCAGUUCUCCUGGCAUGUCUCAGCAGGGUGGGCCAGGAAUGGGGCCACCAAUGCCCACUGUGAACCGUAAGGCACAGGAGGCCGCUGCAGCCGUGAUGCAGGCUGCUGCAAACUCAGCACAAAGCAGGCAAGGCAAUUUUCCUGGCAUGAACCAGAGUGGACUCAUGACUUCCAGCUCUCCCUACAGCCAGCCCAUGAACAACAGCUCUGGCCUGAUGAACACACAGGGACCGCCUUACAACAUGACACCAGCUAUGGUGAACAGCGCGACAGCAUCUAUGGGUCUUGCAGAUAUGAUGUCUCCUGGUGAAUCCAAAUUGCCCAUGCCUGUCAAAGCAGAUGGCAAAGAAGAAGGCACUCCACAAUCUGAGAGCAAGUCGAAGGAUAGCUACAGCUCUCAGGGUAUUUCUCAGCCCCCAACCCCAGGCAACCUGCCAGUCCCUUCCCCAAUGUCCCCCAGCUCUGCUAGCAUCUCCUCCUUUCAUGGAGAUGAGAGCGAUAGCAUUAGCAGCCCAGGCUGGCCAAAGACUCCAUCAAGCCCUAAGUCCAGCUCAUCCACCACUACAGGGGAGAAGAUCACAAAGGUGUAUGAGCUGGGGAAUGAGCCAGAGAGGAAGCUGUGGGUCGACCGAUACCUGACUUUCAUGGAAGAGAGGGGCUCCCCUGUGUCCAGUCUGCCUGCAGUAGGCAAAAAGCCCCUGGACCUGUUCCGACUCUAUGUUUGCGUCAAAGAAAUUGGAGGUUUGGCACAGGUUAAUAAAAACAAGAAAUGGCGUGAGCUGGCAACUAACCUAAAUGUUGGCACCUCAAGCAGUGCAGCAAGCUCCCUGAAAAAGCAGUAUAUCCAGUACCUAUUUGCCUUUGAGUGCAAGAUUGAAAGAGGGGAGGAGCCCCCACCAGAAGUCUUCAGCACAGGGGACACAAAGAAGCAGCCCAAGCUUCAGCCGCCAUCUCCUGGUAAGUGGCAGCGCUACAGUUCGGCCGAGGAAAGCCAAAGGCACCACAUGGUGGAAGCUGGAGUCUGGACAUCUGUGCAGGGAGGGCAGAGACAUAAAGCCGAGAGAGGACUCUGGAUUUUCCAGGCUAACUCAGGAUCCUUGCAAGGCCCACAAACACCACAGUCAACGGGGAGCAACUCCAUGGCAGAGGUUCCGGGUGACCUGAAGCCACCUACCCCAGCCUCCACUCCUCAUGGACAGAUUGCCCCAAUGCAAGGUGGAAGAAGCAGUACAAUCAGUGUGCAUGACCCAUUCUCAGAUGUGAGUGAUUCAUCGUUCCCAAAAAGGAAUUCCAUGACUCCAAAUGCCCCCUACCAGCAGGGCAUGAGCAUGCCAGACAUGAUGGGCAGGAUGCCCUAUGAACCAAACAAGGACCCAUUUGGUGGAAUGAGAAAAGUGCCUGGAAGUAGUGAGCCCUUUAUGACACAAGGACAGAUGCCCAACAGUAGCAUGCAGGACAUGUAUAACCAAAGUCCCUCAGGAGCAAUGUCCAAUCUGGGCAUGGGGCAGCGGCAGCAGUUUCCUUAUGGGGCCAGUUAUGACCGGAGGCAUGAACCUUAUGGGCAGCAGUAUCCAGGCCAAGGUCCUCCCGCAGGACAGCCACCGUAUGGAGCACACCAGCCUGGCCUGUAUCCACAGCAGCCGAAUUACAAACGCCAUAUGGAUGGCAUGUACGGGCCUCCAGCCAAGCGCCAUGAGGGAGACAUGUAUAGCAUGCAGUAUGGCAACCAGCAACAAGAGAUAUAUAACCAGUAUGGAAGCUCUUAUUCUGGCCCAGACCGGAGGCCCAUGCAGGGACAGUACCCUUAUCCCUACAACAGGGAGAGGAUGCAGGGCCCAGGCCAGAUGCAGCCCCAUGGAAUCCCACCUCAGAUGAUGGGGGCCCCAAUGCAGUCAUCUUCCAGCGAAGGGCCUCAGCAGAAUAUGUGGGCAGCACGCAAUGAUAUGCCUUAUCCUUACCAGAACAGGCAGGGCCCGGGUGGCCCUGCACAGGCACCCCCUUAUCCAGGCAUGAGCCGCACGGAUGAUAUGAUGGUACCUGAUCAGAGGAUAAAUCAUGAGAGCCAGUGGCCUUCUCAUGUCAGCCAACGCCAGCCUUACAUGUCAUCUUCGGCCUCCAUGCAGCCCAUCACACGCCCACCUCAGUCAUCCUACCAGACGCCACCAUCACUGCCAAACCACAUCUCCAGAGCACCCAGCCCAGCUUCCUUCCAGCGCUCCCUGGAGAACCGCAUGUCACCAAGCAAGUCUCCCUUUCUGCCCACCAUGAAGAUGCAGAAGGUCAUGCCUACUGUCCCUGCAUCCCAGGUCACUGGACCACCCCCUCAGCCACCCCCCAUCAGAAGGGAGAUUACUUUUCCUCCCGGCUCAGUGGAAGCAUCACAGCCAGUCCUAAAACAAAGGCGAAAGAUUACCUCAAAAGAUAUUGUUACUCCUGAGGCAUGGCGUGUGAUGAUGUCCCUUAAAUCAGGUCUUCUGGCUGAAAGUACUUGGGCUUUGGACACUAUCAACAUUCUUCUCUAUGAUGACAGCACUGUUGCUACUUUCAAUCUCUCUCAGUUAUCUGGAUUUCUUGAACUUUUAGUAGAGUACUAUAGAAAAUGCCUGAUUGACAUUUUUGGAAUUCUUAUGGAAUAUGAAGUGGGAGACCCCAGCCAAAAAGCACUUGAUCACAAUGCAGUGAAGAAGGAAGAUAGCCAGUCCUUGGCUGACGAUUCUGGGAAGGAGGAAGAAGACACUGAGUGUCUUGAUGAGGAGGAGGAGGAUGAGGACGAGGAAGACAGUGAGAAGACAGAAUUUGACUCCAAGGGCAGUGCUGCCCUUAACACUGUGGAUGCCACUGCAGACCUCAAGGAGAAGCCCAAGCAGGCCAGUAAGUUUGACAAGCUACCAAUAAAGAUUAUCAAAAAGAACAACCUAUUUGUCAUUGACCGGUCGGACAAGCUGGGCCGCGUGCAAGAGUUCAAUAGCGGGCUUCUACACUGGCAGCUUGGGGGUGGUGACACCACUGAACACAUCCAGACUCACUUUGAGAGCAAGAUGGAAAUCCCACCUCGCAGGCGCCCACCACCCCCUUCAAGCUCCACGGGUAGAAAGAAAGAGUCAGGAGGCAAAGGUGAUUCUGAAGAGCAGCCAGAGAAAAGCAUCAUAGCCACCAUUGAUGAUGUCUUGUCUGCUCGGCCAGGGGCCUUGCCUGAAGAUACAAACCCUGGGCCCCAGACAGAAAGUAGCAAGUUCCCCUUUGGUAUCCAGCAAGCCAAAAGUCACCGGAACAUCAAGCUGCUAGAGGACGAGCCUAGGAGCCGAGAUGAGACGCCCCUGUGCACCAUCGCACACUGGCAGGACUCUCUGGCUAAGCGCUGCAUCUGUGUGUCCAACAUCGUGCGGAGCUUAUCUUUCGUGCCUGGCAAUGAUGCCGAGAUGUCCAAACAUCCAGGCUUGGUGCUGAUCCUGGGGAAGCUGAUCCUUCUUCACCAUGAGCAUCCGGAGAGGAAACGAGCGCCACAGACCUAUGAGAAAGAGGAAGAUGAGGACAAAGGGGUGGCCUGCAGCAAAGAUGAGUGGUGGUGGGACUGCCUCGAGGUCUUACGAGAUAACACACUUGUCACGUUGGCCAACAUCUCCGGGCAGCUAGACUUGUCUGCCUACACAGAAAGCAUCUGCUUGCCAAUUCUGGAUGGCUUGCUGCACUGGAUGGUGUGCCCAUCUGCGGAGGCGCAAGACCCGUUUCCCACCGUGGGACCCAACUCAGUCCUGUCACCUCAGAGACUCGUGCUGGAGACCCUCUGUAAACUCAGUAUCCAGGACAAUAAUGUGGACCUGAUCUUGGCCACACCUCCAUUUAGUCGUCAGGAGAAAUUCUAUGCUACAUUAGUUAGGUACGUUGGGGAUCGCAAAAACCCAGUCUGUCGAGAAAUGUCCAUGGCGCUUUUAUCGAACCUUGCCCAGGGGGAUGCAUUAGCAGCCAGGGCGAUAGCUGUGCAGAAGGGAAGCAUUGGAAACUUGAUAAGCUUCCUAGAGGACGGGGUCACGAUGGCGCAAUACCAGCAGAGCCAGCAUAACCUCAUGCACAUGCAGCCCCCGCCUCUGGAACCACCUAGCGUAGACAUGAUGUGCAGGGCGGCCAAGGCUUUGCUGGCCAUGGCCAGAGUGGAUGAGAACCACUCGGAAUUCCUUUUGCACGAGGGCCGGUUGCUGGAUAUCUCGAUAUCAGCUGUCCUGAACUCUCUGGUUGCAUCUGUCAUCUGUGAUGUACUAUUUCAGAUUGGGCAGUUAUGACAUGAGUGAGAAGGCAAGCAUGUGUGAGUGAAGAUUAGAGGGUCACAUAUAACUGGCUGUUUUCUGUUCUUGUUUAUCCAGCGUAGGAAGAAGGAAAAGAGAAUCUUUGCUCCUCUGCCCCAUUCACUAUUUACCAAUUGGGAAUUAAAGAAAUAAUUAAUUUGAACAGUUAUGAAAUUAAUAUUUGCUGUCUGUGUGUAUAAGUACAUCCUUUUGGAGUUUUUCUAUUUCUUUUUUUUUUAACCAAAGUUACUGUCUAGUGCAUUCAAGGGUCACUUUUUGUUUUCAUGGAUUUUCUUUUUAAUGUUAUUUUUCCAUGUUGUAUUGCAUUUUGGGAAGCAAAUUGACUUUAAAGAAAAAAGUUUGACAAAAGAUGCUAAGAUGGGAAAAUUUCACCACACUGAGGCAAAAAGGUGAAAAGUUAACCAAUUUUCUAUGCUUUUUAUUCUUCAGAGAAUGAAAAAACUGCGUCCCAUCACCCAAAGUUCUGUGCAAUAGAAACUUCUAGAGCGAUAGAUAUGGGCUCAAGGAGGUGUGUCAGUCAGUAAUCAGAACUAUGAAUGAUACUGGUUUCUUCACAGGAAAAUGGUCACAUUAGGCUAGGAGCAAAAAAAAAAAAAAACGAUGUUUUUCAAGUUAGGAUUGAAAGUACAUCCCCAACAGCGAUCAACAGAAACUGCUUCCUCAUCACUACCGCCAUGUCUGCUGUCUGUCGUUUGGCCUCCACAUGACAGUUCUUCACAAUUCCUUUAAUCAUUUUUUAAAUAUUUUUUUUACUGCCUAUGGGCUGUGAUGUAUAUAGAAGUUGUACAUUAAACAUACCCUCAUUUUUUUUCUUCUUUUUUUUUUAGUACAAAGUUUUUAGUUUCUUUUUCAUGAUGUGGUAACUACGAAGUGAUAGUAGAUUUAAAUAAUUUUUUAUUUUUAUUUUAUAUAUUUUUUCAUUAGGGCCAUAUCUCCCAAAAAAGAAAAAAAAUACAAAAAACAAAAACAAAAAAAACAAAAAAAAGAGGGUAAUGUACAAGUUUCUGUAUGUAUAAAGUCAUGCUCUAUUUCGGGAGAGCAGCUGAUCACAAUUUGCUUCAUGAAUCAAGGUGUGGAAAUGGUUGCAUAUGGAUUGAUUUAGAAAAUGGUUACUAGUACAGACAAAAAAGAAAAAAUACAGCUAAAAGGAAGAAACACAACUUCAAAGAUUUUUCAGUGAUGAGAAUCCACAUUUGUAUUUCAAGAUAAUGUAGUUUAAAAAAAAAAGAAAAAAACUUGAUGUAAAUUCCUCCUUUUCCUCUGGCUUAAUGAAUAUCAUUUAUUCAAUAUAAAAUCUUUAUAUGUUCCACAUGUUAAGAAUAAAUGUACAUUAAAUCUUGUUAAGCACUGUGAUGGGUGUUCUUGAAUACUAUUCUAGGUUCCUUAAAGUAGCUUUCAUAGUAACCAAGUUAUUUACAAGAAAUAGGGGAAACACAGCAGCGUCCUCACAUAAUAAAACCCUAAGGUCAGAAAUGACCUUUCAUGGUUACCUACUUUGGAGUGGGGAGCAACAGUUUGAUUUUCUCAAAUUAUUUAGCUAAUUAGUCUUUCUUUGAAGCAAUUAACUCUAAGGACAUUGAGGUAUCAUAAUUUCCAGUAAAAAUGGGAAGUGGCUGCCGACCCACUUGAGGUGAGAUCUCCAAAGCUUACUGGCCUGAAAAUGUAACAUUCUGCCUUUUACUAACUCCAUCUGAAUUUUAAUCAAAGAUCAAUCUAUCCAUGUUUCUUCUGUGUGCCUCAAAGUUAUUUUGCGUUUAGUUUACUCCACCGUGUAUAAUAUUUAUAUUGUGCAAUGUUUAAAAAAAAGUUGUUAUAUUGUAUGUGGUGUACAUAGUGCAAAGUGAUUAUUUCUAUUUCAGGACAUAUUCUCAUAUUUCUUCCUACCUGGUGCACAGUAGGUUUUUAAUACUCGUCAAUUCUAACUUAGACUUUCUCUUCCUGGGUUAUUGACUGUUAUUGUGUAACAAUCAAUUUUUUUGAAACUGCUGCAUAAUUAUGCUGUUACCGGUCCCCCUUCUUAUUCUGACUCUACCUCUCUCAUCCCUCUUCCAAUCUCAGUAUACUCAACAAUUCCUAGCCCUUUGCCACACCUACUGUCUUGGUUCACAUUGCUCACAGUAAUAUAUGGAAGAGCUAGACAGGAACAUGCAGUUAUAAUCAAUAUAAGAUGUGACUCUCUAGUGUCACACACAAAACAUAAUUUUUCCUGCAAGCAGUUUUAUCAUCUAUCAGCUCCCAUAUUGCUUAAUCACUCUUCUUAGAUAACAACGUGACCAAAUAUAUGUUGUGUUAAAAAUCCAUUUAUAAUUAUACUUUAAAUACAUCUGCUUAUUAAGAACAGAUUUUAGUGCUCCAAGCUUAGAACAUGGAGAUUUGCAAGAGGAAUUUAAUAUUAUUCUAAUUUCUCUCUUACACAAUAUGAAUAAAAGGUAUACACAAACUCUAAAGUUAUAUAAUAUCCCAGUUCUUUUGUCGACCAGAAGAGUAAAGGCCUCAUGAAAGACUGUUGUUGUCAUGCUUUGAGCUGUAGCCCGUGCCCAGAGUCUGCCCACUGGGCAGCGCAUGGGCACGUACUGACACAGCACAGUCUCUAGGCUCCUCCAGGAAGACGCUAGCAUCCUUUCUCCACUCUCACUCCAGCAUCAAGACUUAAGAAGCCCACGAAGAAUUUACAGCCUGCUUGAGAUCAUCUUGCCUAUAAACUGAGUUAUUGCUUGGUCCUAAAAAUUAGUUGUUUUUCUUUUCUAUGAGGCUUUUCAGAAAUUUACAGGAUGCCCAUACUUUAAAUGUGUACCAAAAAAAAAAAAAAA